GGUAUGAGGGAGCGCGUCCAUCUCUGUGAAUUGAAAAAAAAAAAAAAAAUUUAAAUAAAUAAAAGACUCAACUGGGUGUAACGUGCGAGCGGGGAGGCUGAGCUCGGAGCAGAGGAGCACAGUGACGGAGGAGGAGGGUGAGAAAGAGUCAGAGAGAGAGACAGCAGAGCGUGGAACAGGUUCCUUCUGCAGCCCCUCGCACGCAGCCUCAGCAGCCAUGCCUAACUUUGCCGGCAACUGGAAGAUGAAGAGCAGUGAGAAUUUUGAUGAACUUCUCAAAGCCCUGGGCGUGAACGCCAUGCUGAGGAAGGUGGCCGUGGCGGCGGCCUCGACCCCUCAGGUGGAGAUCCGCCAGGACGGCGAGCAGUUCUACAUCAAGACGUCCACCACCGUGCGCACCACCGAGAUCAACUUCCGCAUCGGCCAGGAGUUCGACGAGGAGACGGUGGACGGACGCAAGGUCAAGAGCCUGGCCACCUGGGAGUCAGAGAACAAGAUUUACUGUCAGCAGACUCUGGUGGACGGAGACGGCCCUAAAACCUACUGGACCCGGGAGCUGAACGGGGAUGAACUCGUACUGACGUUCGGUGCAGACGACGUGGUGUGCACAAGGGUUUACGUACGGGAGUGAGGCCGGGGGCGACCUUCACCGGGACCACGCUCAUGUGAACCAUGUCCCGCUAGCUCAAUAACACAUUCACCAAGUUUCCUGUGCAAACCUAACCUCUCAGCAUCAACCAUAGUAGUCUCCACAAUGCGAUGGCAUGGUGUCAGCUUUCUGGUUAUUUGUAGUUUAUGUUGUGUCUGCAAGUGCAGUAGCUAGCUCUCUCUCAGUACCCAUACCUGCAACCCAGGUGAUAAUAAUGUAGGUUUUAAUGCAUCAAUCAAGUGUUCAAGUUUCAUGAAAGGAAGCAAUAAACCAUACGUGGAACAAAUGAC